AUGGGUAUCAAAGGGCUGCACGGUCUCCUCAAGUCCAUUCAAAAACCAUGUCAUCUGAAGAAGUUUAGCGGCCAAACACUUGGAGUCGACGCAUAUGGAUGGCUUCACCGCGGGACGGUGGCCUGUUCGGUCGAUCUGGUUCUGGACCGGCCUACCAGAAAACACAUCGAUUUCGUCCUAAACCGCGUUCGCAUGCUCCUCUACUUUGGAGUGAUACCCUACCUCGUAUUCGACGGUGACAAUCUUCCUAGCAAAUCGGGCACCGAACAGGACCGGCACCGAAAACGACAAGAAAGCAAAGCUCUCGGACUCGAACUACAACGAAAGGGCAAAGUACCGGAGGCCUACCAGGAGUUCCAAAAGGCUGUAGAUGUGACUCCUUACAUGGCCCGUCAGCUCAUUGAAGAGCUGAAGGAGAUGGAUGUACAGUAUGUGGUGGCACCAUAUGAAGCCGAUGCUCAAUUGGUGUAUCUGGAGCAACAAGGACAUAUCGAUGGAAUCAUUUCAGAGGAUUCCGAUUUGCUUGUGUUUGGUGCAAAGCGACUGCUGUCUAAACUGGACCCGCAUGGCGAAUGCAUUGAAAUCAACCGGGCGGACUUCACGGCCUGUCGGGAGGUCAGCUUGGUCGGAUGGAGUGAUGCAGAUUUUCGCCGCAUGUGCAUAUUAAGUGGUUGUGAUUAUUUGGCCAAUAUCCCCAAGAUGGGACUGAAGACGGCAUAUCGCAGUAUCCGGAAGUACAAGACUGUGGAGAAGGCUCUGCGCAUGAUCCAGUUCGAUGGCCAAUUCAAAGUCCCUGCUGACUACCUGACCAACUUCAAGCAGGCCGAGCUGACAUUCCUCUAUCAACGUGUCUUCUGCCCGACUGCCCAAAAGCUGGUGACUCUGACGGCGCCGGAUGAUGGCGUCAACCUGAACGAGCUCCCUUUUAUCGGCAGUGAUGUGGAAGCGAGUGUUGCAGCCGGAGUCGCACGUGGAGACCUGGACCCGUCGAACAAGGAGCCGAUUGAGUUGAAGCCGGUGGCUGCAGGUAAACUACCUCUUGGUAUCAGUCGUCGCCAGACACUGGGUUCCUCUUCAGAGCUAAAGCCGAAGAAACCCAUCAAUUCGUUCUUCACCCCGAAGCGGACACCGCUGGGCGAGUUGGACCCAAACAGUCUCACCCCGUCCCCAAGUCAGCAGAGGCUCCUGGAACGGAAUGCGAACAACUCCUGGCAAACCAACUCAGCUCCCUUGCGAUCUAACUCGACAAGAAAUACCCCUCUCCGUGCCUUCUCAGACCAAGCUGGUCUCAGCCCCAUGAUACGCAGCGUUGAACGAAACACGCUCACUCAGUCGGCUCGCGCAUCCACUUUGCAGCCCAUCAAGCGGCAGAGGCUCUGCUCCGAGACGGAAGAUGACUCGCUCCCGGCAUGUCCCGACUUUCGCAGUCGUUACUUCAGCCCCAAGGCGGACCAAGUGAGUCCAAGCGGACAAAAGAUGGGACGAACGAAGAAGCAACGGAAGUCGGUUAUGGACGUCUUUUCAGACGAAUUGGCCGAAGAUAUCUUUUCCAAAAUUCCUGAUCCAUCUUCCAACGCCGAGUCUUCAGAAUCACAACCAUCGACUAGUCAGGAAUCAGUACAGGCCGAGGGUGACAAGAUCCCUGCUGGUCCCCCUUCUGUGACUAAGAAAACGGAGAAAACGAAGCAUACACCAGCCGAGACGAAUCAAGACGCUGAUUUUGAUCGCGCGUUGGAAUAUCAUGUACAGCGACAGAACACGAACAUACUUUCCAAGUUCACUUUUCAGUCUAGUCCACCAACAGAGACCGCCUCGCCUCACUCUCCGAUGACUCGGCUGCCCGUCAUUCAGUCUCACAAUAGACCAGCGCCCUUGGGUUCGCCCAGAACUCCUGUCGGAAGUACCCAAAACCGAUCACCUCUGCGACGACGACUGACCCCACUGCAGCGGAUGGGGCAAGCGGCCUUAACCCGGUCUCAAAGCAUCAAUUUCCCUACAAAGCUUCGACAGGCCGACUCUUCAGAAUCGAUGUCAGAUGCGAGUUCCAUCAUGGGGGGCGGUGCACAAGGCAGUGAGGAUCUUAUUAUUCCCGACAGCGAGGAUGAGGACGAAGACGAGGAAUCGAGCAUGUCGGCAACGAAGCCUUUGGACUUGAAGCGCUUCUCGUUUGCCGCGAACUAA